CUCUCUAUCUCACCCGCAAAACGUCCAUUGUGUCAAAAGUGUAAAAAACGACGUCUUUUCAACUCAUUGUAAAGAACUGACUGACAAAAUGUAACUUUUUUCGGAUGGAAUCCACUUUUUAGUUCUUGUAAUAUCGUUUUCUUUUCUAGGAUCGAAGAACCCAUUCCGACUCUUAUUAUCUGGAACAGAUUACCUACAACAGGAGCAGUGCAUAAACUAAUAAAAAUAGAAACGAAAGUAUUAGUGUACGGUUAUUCAUGCGCUUGAGCCCCAAAAGGCUUACCGGUGAAUAUCAAAUAGUGAGUAGAUUUCAUUUGUAUUCGACGAUACAUUGAACAACUACUCAUAAUACAGUUCUUGGAAGACUAGCGAAAGCAUUCGUUCGGAAGUUGAUUCCGGAAGAUUGCAAUCCGCAGUGCGAAUGAUUGUGUAUCGAAAAAAAUUAGUUUGUACGUGUUCCCAACGACAUCGAGAUCGUGUUUGGAUACUAAGUUGCGGGAGCUCAUCGCUCGAACAACAUAAAUCGCAGCAAUAGAAUGACCGAGAGUCAGGCCAGUGAACAUCUCCGUAGUCGACAGUGGCAGAAGGCAAAAGAUAUUUACGAUGAAAUCUUAAACGCAUCUCAAACUAAUUGUCAACUUUCGAAAGAACGCACCAUUGCGUGUUUGUAUGGUCGAACCGAAUCCUGUCUGGAACUUGAAAAAUACGACCUUGUCGCCGAAGAUUGCCGUCAUUUGCUAAAUCUGCUCAACGACAAUGACGCCACCGCUGGCCGUGCAACGGGUUCUACUAGUCCUAUUCCUUCAUCUGCAUCAUCCUCUUCAUCGACGUCGUCUAACUCUCCAUUGCAGAACAAUCCAACAGCAACUACUGAGUCUAAAGUACGCAAACGGUUGAUCCAUUCACUCUACAAACAGCAAAAGUACGGUGAAGCUGAAACUAUUCUUCAAGAAUGGGCCAGCAAUCAUAAUAACCAUCAAGAUAUCAACCGUUAUCUGGAUCGACUAAAAUCUGUGCUAAGAAUGGCUUCAGCUAAUUCGUCACCUACACCAGUCACAUUCGGUGCAGAUCAAAUUUCUUCGUCUGGCGCUCCUGGCGAAUCCGUACCGUACGUACCAUCUGAUUCAUCCGGCGGUUCAUCAUCUACACCUACAUCAACCAUUUCUUCGCUAUCAUCGUUAAAUGAUGAGUAUGAACAAAUAGAAACAAAACUGGAAAAUCUCAUCAUUAACAACCUUCCGCCGGAUCGGUACACUAAACAGUUGAAUCUAAUUGAGGUUAAUAUGCGAGCAAUUCAUACCGAUCAAGAGCACUCCGAAGAAACUGAUUGCAGCAACCAAACUGAAAACUCAAUGGAUAAUAAAUCAAAUGAACAAGAAUUAGGAAUCAGUAGUACAGGCACCGCUGAGAGUGCCACGAAUGGAAAUGUUGAAACGAACAAUAGUACACUGGAUACGAAUGAUAGAACUAAUGCCAUCGAGGAAGAUGGACUUAAAACAUUGAUAAAUAACGAUUCCCUUGUGGUGACGACUUCUUCGUCCACUGUAGCAGCAACAGAAGAUCUAAUAUCUUCAACAAAUGCUGAUUCCAAUCAUACUAACAACUUUCAAAAACAACUUGACAAAAUAACCAACAUCAGUUGCGUGUAUUGUACGAUGACGUUUGCCGAUCGUUCAGAACUACGGGCGCAUUGUCAAACCGAGAGCCAUCAGAAUAUUAUUAUGUCCGAUGAAGGCCGUGAUUGGAAAUGGCGCCCACCGCCUCGAGGAUUUACAGCUGAAUCGUAUUCUCUGUGUGAGAACUAUUUGGAUAACCAAUCGUGUCACUACGGUAAUCAGUGUGUCGAAGCGCACGGAACCGACGAGUUGAAUGAGUGGAAGGAAAGGUUCGAGUAUCGUAAAAAGAAACUUCAACGGGCACGCGAUAAAGAGUUGUAUGGGAAAAGCUACACUGAACAGCUGCUUGAACGUUGGGUGCAGGCGCCCAGUCCCGAUAAAGUGAUGAAAGAAAAAAUCGAUGGUGUGGAAGAAUCCUGUUCUCAGGAUCUUGUAACCACAGUUAGCUCAAAAGUGAGCAAACGCGAAUGGACAUUCGUAUUAAAAACUAGAAAGCUACUGAGAGCAGUCGCGUUGCUGCAAGACGCGCACCGUAAUCAUUUUCUCAUAAAACAAAUAUUUCCGGGUGAGCCAAGAAGUGGAAGUGUUUGCAAAAAGUUGGGCCAAGCUAUAACCGUCAACAAAGUGGUUGAAGCAGAACUAACAUCUGACCAAGAAUGGGUAGCAACCUCUGACUAUAGCAAACUCGGUGAUUUGGCGAAUGAAUCUAAUCCUCUACUGGAGCAUAGAGUAAAAGUAGUCUUUAACACGGAUAUUUACGGAACUUUCCGUCAGGCGGUAGUGUUUGAUUUAGGAUACGAACCAGUGCUAGUAAAGCACCUCUGUGUUGACGUUGUUCCCGUUACUGAAGUGGAUAAGAUUCAAGAAAUUCGCAAAGAUAUAGUUAUGUCAACGACCGAGCGAUGGGAUGAAACCAAUUCAGAAAUUAUUGAGUUUACGACAACGAUCAUUCCUCACAUGCAGACACCAGCAUACGCCGCAGAUGCAGAGCGGGAGAAAGAUUUACUCUUGCGAUAUCCGCUUCCAAAGGCAUCGUCCUUUGUAUUGACACAGUCAACCAUUACUGAAAGAAAGCUGACUAAAAACAACUACCGAAAUCGGAUUCACGAACUUCUAUAUGUAGAAGAGAUUGCUCGGUAUGAGCAAAUUGCACGUUACAAUUUGACGACGAGACUCACGAUAGCAACCAACUAUUUGUUGACACCAAGUGGUAUGGCGACCAGUACAGCCAAAUAUUCGCACUCGGGUGAACUAUUCGCCCUAAUGAAGCUAGGAAAAGACGUUUCAGAGGACACAUCUGCUGGGCGACUGAUUCUAAACAACUGCCAAGCAGUGUUGAUCGCUUCCAAAGAACCUGUUCCUUCCGGAGAGAAGCGAAAGGUAUAUGAGGCUGUGAUCGAAGAUAAAGGAAAAAACAUGAUAUAUUUAAAAACCUCAGCCAAGGCAGUUGCAGGACUUGGCCUAAAAGCUGAAACUGAAUUUGUUGCCGAUAUUCAGUUCCAACCGAAUCGACUAACGUACUGUGAAUGGCAUCACGCCAUCGAUAAAAUUGCCGAUUUCAGAAUAAUCUUUCCUGACAUUUAUCUUGAACCUAGCAUCCCAUGGACACCACAACGACAAUGGGAUGCGUCUCUCGAUCCCAAAUUAAAUUCAAAGCAAAAAGAAGCUGUUGUUGCAAUAACUACUCCAAUAGAUGUGGCCUUGCCUCCGAUUCUGCUAAUCGGACCGUUCGGGACAGGGAAAACCUACACGCUGGCACAAGCCAUCAAGCAGCUUUUGUUGCAACCAGAAUCGAAAAUACUCAUCUGUACGCACUCCAACUCGGCAGCUGAUUUGUACAUUAAAGACUAUCUGCAUCCCUGGGUAGAGGAAGGCAUGGAAGAGGCUAAACCGUUGCGGGUUUACUACCACAAGCGAUGGGUGGCUACAGUCAAUAGCAUCGUACAAAAAUACUGCUUAAUUGACCUGAACAUAAACGUACGUAAUUUUCGGCGGCCAACAGUCGAAGAUAUCCUCAAGUACCGCAUCGUUGUGGUAACUUUAAAUAUCUCGAUGGAGUUGGCGUCUUUGGAUUUACCGAAAGGGCACUUCACUCAUAUCUUCCUGGACGAAGCUGCUCAAGCGAUGGAGUGUGAAGCUAUCAUGCCGUUGGCACUGGCAACCGAAAAAACCAGAAUCGUUCUAGCCGGUGACCACAUGCAGAUGUCUCCUGAACUGUUUUCUAAUUUUGCAAAAGAACGCAAGUUGCACAUUUCAUUGCUUGAACGGUUGUACGAUCAUUAUCCUAAUGAUUUCCCGUGUAAAAUAUUGUUGUGUGAAAAUUAUCGUGCUCACGAGGCGAUUAUCAAGUUUACGUCGGAGUUAUUCUACGAACAAAAGUUGAUCGCGUCCGGCAAGCAACCAAGACAUGAAAAAUUUUAUCCAUUAACAUUUUUCACUACUAGGGGUGAAGAUGUACAGGAUAAAAAUUCGACGGCUUUUUACAACAAUUCAGAGGUGUAUGAAGUUGUCGAGCGAGUAUGUGAAUUACGGAAGAAAUGGCCCAGUUCUUGGGGAAAAAUCAACGACCAGAGCAUAGGAAUCAUGACACCCUAUGCGGAUCAAGUCUUUCGGAUCCGAUCGGAGCUCAGAAAGCGAAGAAUGGGUGGUAUUAGUGUGGAAAGAGUUUUAAAUGUACAAGGCAAACAAUUUAGAGCGAUUUUCUUAUCGACGGUAAGAACACGGCGAACUUGUACUACCAACACUAGUGAAAUGAGCACUUCUUCAGAAGAUGUAGAUUAUGGUUUUCUGAGUAACUCUAAACUGUUGAAUACUGCUAUUACCCGAGCUCAGAGUUUAGUGGCGGUUGUCGGAGAUCCAGUAGCUCUUUGUUCGAUAGGGCGUUGUAGGAAGGUUUGGGAGCGUUUCAUCGAGAUUUGUUAUCAGAACAAAAGUUUAUUUGGAAUAACUUGGUCUCUAUUGAGAACCCAGCUUGAUGGAGUUGAACUAAAAAAGACCUAUGUUUUAAAUCCGCUUGCUCCUGAAUUUAUACCGCGUGCAUUGCAAGCUGAAGCGUACCUUAGGGAACAAGCAGCCAAUGUGACUGGUCAGUUUCAUCAACAGCCCUUGCAUCACAUUCAACACACGAAUAAUUACCAUCAUCCAUCGAGUCAAAAUUUUUCAAGUGGACACUCCCUGUCAUCUGGUGGAAUGGUACGACAACUAGCACCGCCGAUGCAGCAACCUCAACCUCCUUUCAUUAAUCAUGGCCCCGGUAACCAUGCAGGACAUCCACCUAUUCCGCCACAAACACAGCAACAAUUUCCUUAUCAGAAUCCUAUGUUCUUUUAUCAACAACAACAACAACAACAACAGCAGCAGCAACAACAACCAUUACGAGGACCACCUCCACAUCCAUCUUCAUCUUUGGGACCACCUGUACCUCCCAACAUCCCGCAAGCUGGGCCAAAUGCUUUUCAACAAAGUAAUCCAGCGAAUCUUUGGAAUGCGCCUGGAACAACUGGACAUUUCCCAAUGGUACCAUCUCCUGGAGGAAGAAAUACACCACCUGGAUGGCGGCUACCGCAAAAGAACACGGUUCAAUCUGUGCGACCCCCACUAACUCAACAUCAGCAUAUGCCGAUAACGACGAGUGGUAGACCAUUAAUUCCGCCUCCUAUGAGAAGUCCUGUUUCACAACAACAACAACAACAACAACUACCGGCUGUUCCUCAAAUGCCUUACCUUCAACAGCAACAGCAGAAUAAAGCACUUCAAAAUUAUAGUCACUUCCCACACCACCAACACCCUCCAGCUCUAGGCCACCAUCAUCAACAACAACAACAACAACAACAGCAGCAGCAACAACAAACCCAUCAAAUGCACCAGAACCAUAUACGUCCAAUUCUGGGAGGCCCAAUAAGCCCCAGUUCCUACCAGCAGCAGCAGCAGCAACAACAACAACAACAACAGCAGCAAGCAUCUCUCUACAAUCAACAAGAUCCGUAUCUGUCGAAUUUAUCCAAUGAUUUGAUGGCUUCAAUCACAGCUCGUGUUUCGCAAAUGCAAGUUCCUCCAACGUUACCCCAACAAGCAUUGGUGCAACAACAAAAUUCAAAAUUGAACUCGUUGCGCAUGGAUGACCGCCAUACUCUCGAGAAAGAUAUUCAGUUUUUGCAGAAUGUUCACAUCCCCGAUAAGUUCUCUCAGUCCACAGCAAUUCAACAGCAACAGCAUCAUUCCAACACCGCGAUUAAUUCAGAUUUUAAUCAUCUACUGCCGCCUAAUAUGAGCUUUCUUGAUGUCGCUCUCCAGUCGAAGGAAUUUCAACAUCUAUGGUUCAUUAAACUGGUCGAAACACAAGGUCUCGAAGCGGCGAAUAAGUUUGGUGAUAUCCUUCGCCAGGUCCCAACCCUAGCACCUAAUACUGUUCAGCACCAGCAAGCGCAGAAGAAAUUGAAUUCGGCGAUGCCAUCACAAGCGGAUAUAAUUUUGGAUAAUAUCCUAAACCCAAACAAGGAUGUUUUCGGUUCAACUAACCUACAUCAUCCGACAAUAUUACAUCAACAGCAAAAUGUCACUUCAGUUCUCACCAAUGGAAAUGCAUUGCUAGGACCCAACAAUGGAAAAGGAUUGCUAGAAGGUGUUGAUUUGUUUGGCAAUAUGUCAUCUUCAUUGUCAAACGAGUUGCCGCUUAUAGGCGCCAAUCCACCAUCAACCACUCAACAGUCAGUACCUUUAUACCGUCGCCAAGCAGGUCAAAACUACCAGAACAACUCCGCUGGAACAUCAACUGCUCAAUCGAUAGCAUCAUCUACACCAGACCUGCUUGACAAUCAUUUGCAGCAGUCGCUUUUUGAAUCGUUGGAUAGUAAACUACAUCCAAACAAUAGUGGAAAUCUGCUUUUUGGCAGCGGACAAAAUCAAAAUCAGUUUCCUACUGGUGAGCAGUCGAAUGGUUUUCAAGGAUAUCAAAAUUUCCAUAAUAUCGCAGCCGGUCUAAUGCAGCAGCAACACAACUUAAACAAUCGUGAGUUUCUGCACCAACUACAACAACAGCAGCAACAUCAUCACCAUCCACAGCAGCAGCAACAUCAUUUGCAUGAUAGUCGAAAUGUGUCCGCAGCAAAUACUGUCGAAGAAUUGUUGAGUCGUCAAAAUCAAACUUACGCUAGUGUACUGAGUCAGGGUGGUGGCUUGGGUCAGGCCAGUAAACAACUCGGGACGCCAAAAGAUGGUGUCGGCGGUGGUAUUGACGGAGGAACCGGUUCGCCCGGUAUCGGAGAUCCGUUUGCCGCUCUCAGAGAUCUCGGUCGAAAAAGUAAUGGCUUCUACAACUACUUUCAGUGAGCAUGUGGACUAGAAAGGUAAGUCCAUCUUUUGAUAGCGCUAUGUGAUUAUGAUUCCCCAUCAGGCAGGAGGCAACUGACUAAAGCAUACCUAUUAUUAAGACUUUCACUUGCAGUCGAUAGAGGAAAUAGAGGAAUUUUCGAUCUAAUACAGAAUAAUUGUUAGGAGAUAUAAGAAAAAGAAAACAUCGAAAAUAAGCUGCAUCGUAUAAAACAUAUUAGCUCUCUCAAUUCGAUCACACCUUGUCAAACAGUUUAAUAUUCAAACUUUAAUUAGGCUGUUUCGCUAAUUUAUGUAAUUUAUAUUUGUAUGUAAAUUAGAAAAACAAUGAAGCCUCAUUAAAAUUUGGAAGUAAAUAAUAAUCGAUGCACCAUUGCUAUCGUUAUUACACUUCCCUGCUAUACUACGUACAGUUUACUCAAAUUUCAAAAUAGUCUUGAUACAUUUAGUUUAAUAAAGUUUGCAAUAUUAUUGUAUCCAGCUUGGGUAUUUAAUGUAGAAGAGUUCCAAUAAGGUUUUUUUAUCUCUAUCCACACCACUAGAACCAACCGAUAUAUCUUCGACAUACGCUAUGUACAUUAAACUAACACCGUGUGAUUGUGGCAAGAUCAUUUGUUAAUUGUUUUUCUAAGUCUGUCAUAAUAUUUUAUUCACGAUGAUUUCCUGUUUUCGAUUUUUUUGCAGUCUAACUUAAGUCCAUCCUGCCUGGUAGGAAAAAUCAGUGAUUGAAACAACAGCGGGAAUGUUAUUGAAUUAAGAAAAUUGUAUGAAGUUUCAAAACGAUCAAAGAAAAAAAUCAAAAAAAUCACAAAAAAAUUGAAAAACUCAAUGAAAAUCCAAAAAGUUAUGUCUACUUAUAUUUAUCUAAACACUAUAUAACAUAUUACAAGUAAUAAUUUAUAAAAAUAUAAUAAAGAAAAAGAAAAAAACAAAGCUAUAUUAUAUUACACUGAAACAAUAAUGAUCACUAUUUUAUUACACUAAUCUUGCAGUAGUUUUCAAUUCAUAGUUAAGCGUACAAUCUUGUAUUUCGUGUUUCAUUUCCUCUAAGUCAAUAUUCUAAAUUAAAUGAAGAAUAACACAAAUCGUAACAUAAGACAACCUAUCCUCUAAAAGUGCGAAUAAUCUUUCAGUUAAUUUACCGCUGGCACAGAGCAUAAGAAAGGAAGUACGGCGAUCUAUACUGAAAUUUUCUUGUAGUUUUGUGAUAUUCAUUUGAAUUGUUUUCGCUUGAAACAGAUCACACGAUCAUGGAACCCCAGACUUGCCACAAAGCAAUGUUUUAUCCAAAAGUAUACAACUAAAACUUAAAAAAUCAAGUGGCUUUUUAAGCAAUUUUGCAAAAACUUGAACGUAGUUUCGUUCUACUUAUCUUAUGUAAACUAUUUAGUGAAGUUCAAACUUGUCACUCGGUUUCUUUCAAAAAUAUCUUUCAUUGUUACUUGCGUCCUAUUGAAAAUGUUUUCCAGAUCGUCAAAGAGUCGCAUAUUUCGGAUUAUUACGUUUAAAGGAUUAAUGCAUUUAGGUAAAUGCCACGUUACAAAUUAACAAAUACAAGUCGUUUCCUUUCGAGCUCGCGUCAUUCAGAUGAAAGCGCAGAACUCUAAUACUGCUUAUUUUUCGUUUGGAAUAGGUUAUUUACCACAUUGGUACGCUACUUGGGCCUAGUUGAAACAGAUUUAGUCAAUACAUCUAACAAUUUUAAAGCAUAAUGUAAUUAGUGGUUUCAGAAUCUUCAUAUGAUUUAUCGAAAUGCUUCGUCGAGACACAUCGUGUCAAAGUUGCUGUCUCAAGUGAUUAUACAAUCAAACAAUAAUUCUUAUAUAUCACAAGUUUAAUGAUUCUACUAACCUGUGAACGCAAUUUUUCUAUUUAAAUUUCCGUUUCCUUUAUCAUUAAAAUUACAUGUCAGAACCACAAUACACGUAAAGAGUUACUAUUUCUAAAAUAUUGUAUUGGCUGUCAAAAUUACUGUCAGUAUACAUUAUCAACAUCUUGUCCGUAACUAUGUACUUUUGUGUUAAAUAACCUAUCCUUUCUGAUAGGAACGAAAAGUAAAUCACUGCGAGUUUACUUCUCGGCUUAUUACACUUUGUUUAAACAAAUCAAGUAACCUAAGAAAAAGAAUUAUUGGACAAAUCGUGCACAGAAAACUAUUUAUUUCGCUAUCAGUAUCCUUCAAUUUAGUGCUUGAACCAAGUGGAACGAUUUGGUGUAUACUUCUAAUAGUUACAAUGAUAACAACAAAAAGGACGAUUAAAUCGUCGCAUUGAAUGCCUCCGCUGAAACAAGCAAACUUAACAUCUUACUUUUCUUGUCCAGUUUCUGCUAUUCAAUUGGUAUAAUUUUAUUACAUUAGUUAGAAGUAAUGUAUUGUGAAGAAGCUCUCAUUUUUAUAACAAAAAUAAAGGUUUAACAUGAAGAUUAUUGAAAAAAAAAAACAAACGAAAAAAAAAACAAAAAGUGAAAAAUAGCAAAAAUAUCAAUGUGAACACAAUAGAGUUAUUACCGGACAGAGUGGUUGUUCUCAGUAUUUUUUCAUUACGAGCAAAUGUAACUAGACCAAAAUUGCUUUAUUAGCUAUAAUUUACUUAGUUUCCUAAAAUUUCUUCAUGCUGAACGAAUAUCUGUCUAACUCAUAAUGACUUAGCUUACACGAUGAAAACCUUUUCUAUCGUUAUAUUUGCUGGUAUUCUAUAUUAAAUGCAUAUGAAGGUAUUAGUUUUGAUUUCAGUUCUAAUCUCGUGGUUGUGCUCAUUUCCAUUGCAGUACAAUUCAGUUUAUACAAACUCUAGAAACAGAUCAACUGCACAUAACAAAACUCGUUUGUUUGUUGAAAUUCAUAACAUGCUCAUAAAUUUGACCAUUUAAAAGCGUUAUGUGGGAAUACUGAGAACACUGCGUCUCACGGAUAUACGUAGAAUAUAAAAUAUAACAACAAAUUGACAAAAAAAAACAAAAAAAAAUAUAAAACAAUGAAAAACACAAAAAACUAUUAUUGAUGCAAAUUAGUAAUUAAUUAAUUGUACAUGUAAAAAUAAACCUAUAUGAAAUAUGACAUGAAAAUUCAACCAGAAAAAAGAAGCAACACUAAAAUUUGCGAAAUAUAUGCAAAACAAAAUUAUAUGAAUGUACUUUUAUUGGUGAUGAAAAAACACUAUAAAACAUUAAAAGAACGUUUUGUUUAUG